UAGUCUGUUCGCGUGUCGCGUCAUAAGGACCAUAACUUAAGUGCUGAACAGCAAACUCUAUCCGAUCAUUACAAAGUGAGAUACAUAAUACAACAGGUUGAAUAGUUAACAUCCUACAUUAUAUACCAAUACAUCGGGCCAGUGAACUAAUUGUUUGAAGGUAAAUUCUACAUAAGAGGCAUUGAAUAUAAGGUUGGACGAAAAUACAUACGAUGAGCAAAUCUGCACGGGUGGACUCUAGCCACCGUAUCGUUGGGCUUGGUGCGUGUGGUAUUGAUAUGUUGGCGGCUGUUAGGACCUACCCCCAGCCUGAUGAAAAGACACGCACAAUUGAUCCGAUCCAAUACUACGGGGGUGGCAACUGUUCCAAUACACUAGUAGCAGUGAGUAGAUUAGGGCUAUCCUGCUCGUUGGUAGCGAAGAUUGGCCAAGACGCUAAUGGAGCUUUGGUCCGCGAUGAAUUAAUAAAAGAGGGUAUAUGUGUAGAUCAUGUGUAUAUACGAGACUAUUUGCAAACCCCACUUACCUAUAUCAUUGUCGAUCAGAGUGCCUCUACGCGCACAUGUAUACAUUCCCCGGCAGCAGAGGGUGUCCUUUGCGGUGAUCUCUACCCAGGCGCUAUACUGAAGAAUGCCACCAUGUGCAUACUUGACACGCGACACACAGAGGCUGCAAUUAUGUUGGCCAAAGCUGCACAGCAGAGGUGUAUACCGGUCUUACUGGAUGUUGAACGCGAAAGGGACGGCUUGCAAGAUCUAAUACCCUUGGCAGAUUACUUAGUCACCAACACAGCCUACCCUCAGCUGUAUAAUCCCACUAGUAACAAUCGUGUGGAAGCCAUGUGUAGCUUAUUACUGGAAAGCAAUGCGAAGAUGGUCAUUACCACUUUAGGUUCAGCUGGGUCUGUUUUGGUGGUGCGGAAAAGCGAAUGCACAUCAGAAGUAUCGGAAGGUUGCGAAGAAAUAUAUGGGUUGAAGGUCACCAGUACGUUUAUACAUGUCACUGCCGACGAAAGCCGUAGAUAUGUAGAUAUGAGCAAUACAAAGCACACUGCCUCUAACAACAAUAAUACCUCCACUAAUACUUUUACAUCAGAAACUGUGCCUGCUUCGACGUCACAUACAGCUAGCACGCUGGAAUGUAUAUAUGUGAUAGAGUGUCCGGCUGUAGAGGUCGAGCAAGUGGUUGAUACCACAGGCGCUGGUGAUGCUUUCAUUGGAGGUAUAGUCUAUGGACUGAGUGCACGCCUAACGCCUGCACAUAUGCUUGUCGUUGCAGCAAAUGUCGCGGGCAAGAAGAUAGGAGAGAUGGGUGCACGUAAUGGGCUGCCUACCUGGCAAGAGUUGCACGGCCUUUUAUCAGAGAAAGUAUCACAGUAAAGUUUACACACUAGUAAAUUUCUACCGCAAAAUGGUCAGGUUGUGGUGUUAGCCGGGCUACCUUAAGCACGAGCACAAGCACAUCGCAAUCUGUAUCUAGUAGUAAACGGCUCAUGUUCAUUCAGAAGGGUAUGCCGCUCACAAUUAAAAAGCUUUCAUCAUUAAGUUCAUCAC